UUAUUUUAUGCUGCUGUUGUAAAAAGAGCUGAACUUUGUCUGUUGAUGGCACAGCGAAGUAGAUCAAUAUUGGUCUUGGACGUGAGGACAGUGUGCGCUCUCCCGUCUGACUGGGACGUGAACGCGGGGAUUUCUUCACAUCGCUCCACUGCCACGGGAGACCCUCUAUAGAGGUGUUCCUUAAAUCAACCGAGACUCUUGCACAGCUGAGCCUCUGGAUUCUACAAAGCAGAGUUACCAGCCGCUGAAUCAAGACGUACCACACCCUCUUCAAAGACACUCCGACCAAAACCCUCAAGCUGAAAGCUGGUAUUCACCCAAGCGACUGCACACAGACACCCAGGCAGGCGAGUGUUAGAGCUGGCGAUCUUCUGAACACGACAUGGUUUAUACCCAUGGAGCUGUGCUGAACACCUGAACUGGAUGAGUUUUGAGAGGAGACAGCCAGGUGACAUGCAACCACAGCGCCGAGUGGAGGAGCUGGGUUAUCAGAACGGCUCGCGGAUCAUGUUCUCUGGCGAUGGACCGGGCGAGCGACACCAAUACGCCUCCCCCCCGGCCCCGCUGCGCGUCACUCAAACCUCCCCCCUGGAAACAAACACCCCGGGCAUCCCUUCCCUGGAUGACUUCAUUCCAGCCCACCUGCAGAGGGAAGCAGGCCAAAGAGGGCUCGCCUCUCCCGGACUGCUCACCCCUCCUCCCAGUCCCUGCUCAUCGAGCCAGGGCUUCGGGUUCAAGACACGGCCCGCACAGAAGAUCAUGGUGAUCAAUGGCGAUGGCUCCCACACCCUGAAUUUCGAUUCCUACGAACCCACGUUUCGAUCACCUGCUAGGGGGGCGCCCCCCCACAAUCUACACGAGGGCUGGCAGGUGAACGGAUCCGGCCCUGCCAGUGUGUGGCCCCUGCACACAGGCGGGGCCCCUGGUGCGGGGCCCCCCAGGAGAAGCCUGUCUCCUACCAGGAGGGGAGACAGUCCUGUGGAACACUCUCCGAGCACAGCGCCCCCUUCCUCGGAGACAGGGCAAUCAAAGCUGAUCAAGUUCGCUGGGAUCGGACCCGUGGAUGAGACGGGAAUGCCCAUAGCCUCCAGAUCAAGUGUACACAAGCCCAGGGACUGGUACAGGAGCAUGUUCAAACAGAUCCACAAGAAGACUCCAGAAUUUGACUUUGACUGUGGUGGACUCAGCGCUUCAGAUGCUUGGUGUCCCCCGGUCCGAGGUGAAGACUCGUCUCCUAGCCGCCCUGCUGAGCUGGACGUCGUGGACGGAGUCUUACCUGAUGGAAAUCUCUUUGGGCUCUCCCCUUACAGAGCUCUGCCUGAUUGGAGUGAGCUGGGGCCUGGAGACACAGAGUGUGACCGGGGGAGGGCAGGCAGGCAGCACCCAGAACCAAGGAGCAUAUUCGACUACGAGCCAGGCAAGACCACCGCUCUGGAGCAGGAGAAUCAGAUCCAGAGGCCCCUGACAGAGUCUCCACCAGGGCGGCGCUCUCCGCCCAUUGAGGAGGUUCUUGCCAAAGAGCUGAGUCAGUUUCAGGCAGAGCUGGACUCGGAUAUUGAGGGCAUGCAGAGGCGCCUGUCUCAGAAACAGCACCCCCAGAGCCCGGGUGAGAGUACACAGAGUACGCCGGUGAGAACACAUUUCUUUGCCGACUCACGGGACACCAGCUCUCUGACCUCGAACCAUCCAGCUGCAAAGGGGUGUGGCCUGUCGUCUGUCAAUCACCCGCACUUGAGCCCACGGAGUGCGAGAAGGGGAGGAGCUAGCCCCACGCACGGCAGGAGUGAGUUUCCCGAGUCCCGCAGUGAAACCAUGGAGCUCCCUCCCAGACGAGCGGAGAAGAAGAUGAAAGCAGCCCACGCCAAGUUUGAUUUUCAAGCCCAGGCUCCAAAAGAGCUGACCCUGCAGAAGGGGGACGUCGUGUACAUCCACAGGCAGGUGGACGCCAACUGGUACGAAGGAGAGCAUCAUGGGAGAACGGGCAUCUUCCCAACCAGUUAUGUGGAGAUCAUCCCCCCGAGCGAGAAGCCCACCCCAAUCAAGACGCCCACGGUGCAGGUGCUGGAGCACGGGGAGGCCCUGGCCCUGUUCACCUAUCAGGGGGACCUGCCAGUGGAGCUGUCCUUCCGCAAGGGCGAGCGGAUCUGCCUGUCCCGCAGAGUGGAUGAGAACUGGCUGGAGGGGAAGAUCUCGGGCACGGCUCGGCAGGGCAUCUUCCCGGCCAGCUACGUCCAGGUGGUCAAGAUGCCCCGCACCAAAUCAUGUGACGAGUACCCAGCAUCCCCCAAGGCAGGCCGCCAAGCCCCCCUCAGCCCCUCCCAGCCUCCCCGGUCACCAGACCCCCCAGCAAAGCCCUGGAGCCACACAGAGCCUCUUCUCUCUCCCUCCCGGCUGCACCCUUCAUCCACAGCCUGUCUCUCCCAGACCUCCCCCGGGUGUCCUUCCCCCCUCUCCCCCUCCUCUCCUCUCUCCCCCAGGCUCAAGCUAGCCCCUGCCUCCCCCCGAUCUCCUUCCUUCAGCCCCGCCCCCACACAGCACAGCCCCUCCCAGCGGGCUGGGCAAUCCUCUCCAGGCUCCGCCCAGUCGCAGCGGCAAGCGCCCGCUCCGUCCAAUCACAAACCUGUCUCCUCCUACUCCCAAUGGACAAGCCUCCCCGCUGAAAACGGGCAGGCGGAGUCUCCAGCAUUUCUAUCCAAUCACAAGCCUGGCCCCUCCCCCCAGUGGACUGCUCCAGCCCCUUUUGGGCAGACCGCCUCCCAUCGUCGACCUGACCCCCCGCCCACAACUACUCCAGACCCCUCCCCACCCGAGAAGCAGGCACCAGCACCCCUGACCAAUAGCAGGCCACUCCAGUCACCCCAGGGCGGGGUUUCCUUAAACACUCUCCAGUCCAGGAAUAACAAGACCACGCCCCCUCCACUGACACUGGCCAAUCACAACGACGCGACACAUUCCCGGCUGAUGCUGUACAGAGCUGUUUAUAACUACGCUCCUCAGAACAGCGAUGAGCUGGAGCUGCAGGAGGGGGACAUCGUGCAGGUGAUGGAGAUGUGCGAUGACGGCUGGUUUGUAGGGGCUUCCGAAAGAACUCGCGCCUUCGGGACGUUCCCAGGAAACUACGUGGCGCCCGUCUGAGGACACGCGGGCACGACACCACCCUGGAGCCCUGGCACCUACACUACCCCCCCCCCCCCCCCCCGAACCUCCAAACCUGGACAAGCACCUGGAUAAAGAGGACCGGCCAUUCUACCAUUCCCGAUUACAUACGACCCCCCCCCUCCACAAACUCCUUGGAACAGCCAGCCACCAAACCAGCCGUCUUAACAAAUACAAGCCUUGCUACUGGAUGUGAUCCAGCUCCCCAGCAUUGUAUAUAGAAGCACCAUACUAACAGGGCUCUACUACAUCAGCAAGGGUGUGGGGACUCUGUGCUGGUUAAUCUGCACCUACCGUAUUGACCAGAGCAUCGCUGUGGUGUGGUACAGGGAGAGCUCUCGUGCUGGAGUCUUUGAUGGGAAUGUUUUUGCCUUUAUUACGGAAUUCCUUGGAGAUCUGGAGCAGUAAACUACAUUCCCCCAAACCCAGCAUGGGGGGCUUGGUGUAAGAGUCAUGGCUGUCUUUGCUGUUCAAGCACAUGGAUUAUUUCAAACCCUUCUUCUGCUUUGAUUCUCUACCAGACCGUGGGACUGCAGUGGAUUACCAGCGGUGUGGCUUGUGUGUGAGAUUCCCUUUGAUGCAUUGAAGUAGGUUUUUUCGCUGUACUUUCUGCCAGUGUCGCUUGCAGGUCAGGACCGUUGAAUGACCCUUGCCAUUGACCAUCCCUUCAUUUCUGCCCACUGGGACUGCCUGCUCUUGAUUGGUCACAGUGGUCGAGUCUGUUGGGCGGGCUCUGAGACGAGCCAAUCGGAACUGGCGGAUUGGGAGUGAGCUUUCGAAUCCUGUAUUGCGAGAAGGUUUUGGAUAAACUGAACUGAAUGAAAUGCGUGUUGGCUGUGUUUUAAAAGCUUAAAAAGGGUCCUGCCUUUCAUUAGGGGUGGUGCCAUUUUCAUUAUCCAGUUACUGUGCAGUUAUCCACCAGCACAGAGCAGAGGGAGGCUGUUCAGAGAGUAGAAGAGCCUCCCUUUCUCUUUCACUACUCCACCAGCACAGAGCAGAGGGAGGCUGUUCAGAGUAUAAGAGCCGCCCUUUCUCUUUCUCUGCUCCACCAGCACAGAGCAGAGGGAGGCUGUUCAGAGUAUAAGAGCCUCUGCUCCACCAGCACAGAGCAGAGGGAGGCUGUUCAGAGAGUAUAAGAGCCUCCCUAUCUCAUUCUCUGCUCCACCAACACAGAGCAGAGGGAGGCUGUUCAGGGACUAUAAGAGCCUCCCUUUCACUUUCACUUUCUUUCUCUGCUCCGCCAGCACAGAGCAGAGGGAGGCUGUUCAGAGAGUAGAAGAGCCUAGCUUUCCCUUUCCACCCAGCUAUGCUACUGCAAAACAAUUGCACAAUCUCAGAAGCUGCUGGUGUGGUGCAACAAUUCUGAAAGUACGAGGGCCUUGAGAUGCAUGAAGCUUGACCUGUGAGUCACUGAAAGACUAACCGAGCAUUCCUUUCCAAAAAGCAUUGCUUCAUUUAUUUUGCAAUGACAAAUAGCGUUACCCAGUGCAGUGAAAACUCCGUUAUGGCGGGGUCAAGCGGCCAAUCAAAUGUGGCCUUAUCCGGGGGGGGUCUUACUACUGAAGUCAAAAACAUUUGUCAAAGAAUUUCACUGAGAUGUUAUUUAUUUUAGUUCUGUGUAAUCUUUCCUAAUUUGCUGUUGUAGUUUCUAAGAGUUCUUAUUCUAAGUGAUUACAUCAUGAUCAUUCAUUAUAGUAAUUCUUUAGAACUUUUUGGCCUUAAUACUGAAUACAGGGGCAGCCUUAAUAUUGAGGGUGUUUAAACAGUGACAGCAAUAGGAUGGAAAUUGGGACUGAAAAAAAAUAAAAAAUCAAGUGUCCUUAACUAUGCAGCGGCCUUAUUGCAUUGUAUUAUUGUGAUAAUGAUGUUAUUAUGAGAUCUAUUUUAAUAAUCUAAACCGUGGCGGAUGUUCAUAUCACCGCAAUGAAACUGUGUUUUUAUUUGUACUUGAUAUUAAUAGAGAACACAACGAACACAAUGUAAAAUUAAAGGACAGCAAUGCUUUCCUUGACUGUCGGGUUUGUAUUUUGGAGGUUGCUUCUAGGAGGCUGUGUGGUCCAGUGGUUAAAGAAAAGGGCGUGUAACCAGGAGGUCCCCGGUUCAAAUCCCACCUCAGCCACUGACUCAUUGUGUGACCCUGAGCAAGUCGCUUAACCUCCUUGUGCUCCGUCUUUCGGGUGAGACGUAGUUGUAAGUGACUCUGCAGCUGAUGCAUAGUUCACACACCCUCGUCUCUGUAAGUCGCCUUGGAUAAAGACGUCUGCUAAAUAAACAAAUAAUAAUAAUAAUACUAAAAUCAGGAUCCUCUCUUAUAAAAGUGAAAGCAAGGUGUGGGGUAGGUAAGCAUUGCCCAGCAUAUAUAUAUAUAUAUAAACAUUGCAAACCCUGGGAAAGUGUUGGUAAAUUACUGUGCAAAUUUACUGCAGUAAACUUUUAGAAGGGCUAUAUAACACUGUGCAACAGCCUUUAUUCUGCAUGGUUAAUUAUAUAUACUCUGUGUAGCCACUUUGUUAGGACCGGUGCCUCAUCUUGAGUUGGGCCACCAUUUGCCCUGAUCACAGCCUUGGCAUGGCACAGCAUGGCAUAGACGCCACAAGGUGUCGGGAGGUAUCUCGCACAGUUCUGGCAUGGCGGAUUGGUGCAUGGUAGUCUUCCAAUUUGCCAUCAGGGAAUGGCAUUGUGCUCUAGGCUUGCCCUGCAGAGUGAUGCUUAAGUAAACUAUUGGUUUGGCUUUCGGGGUAAGGGCGGGACCCAGGGUAUAGCGGGAGAACACGUCCCACACCAGGGCGGUGCCCGCUCCAAUCGGGUGCAGACAGGUCCUAAUGAAGUGGCCAGGCAGGUAUAGAUCACACAGGAAGGGAAGAUGGGUUUUAGUAUUCUCCUGCAAUGUAUUUCACUUGUACACGAGGUGCUGUGCUCACAUGUUUCGAUGGCUAAUAAAUAAAUGCAAAUAUAUCGCUUUUUAGAACAUGGUGUAGAAAUGUCUCUAAAGAAAAGGACAGUCUGGCAAACACUACCUCGGAGAGAGUCCAACAAAGGGUCCUCAGACUAAUCCCUGGGAUUGAAGGAAUGAGCUGUGAAAAUAGCUUCAAGAAACUGGCUUUAUUUAGCCCAGAACAAAAAAUAAUUGGGGGGGCCAUGACUGAUGUACAUGAUGUUAAAUAAAAGAGCAAAAAUA